AUGAGCAUGAGCACGAGUCCUAAGAAAGAGAUUGAAAGCAAGGAGCUUGGCACUGUCGCCGGGCCUGGUGGUGCUGUGUCGGAAAUUGGUGGCUCUAUUGCAGGUGGCGCUGCAGCCGGAAAGAAAAUGCGAGGUCUGGCACGCAACAAGGAAGAUAAGCUUGCCAAGAAAAAGAACAACGGAGGGACAGCGACACACGUGGGAGCAAGCGCCACGCAGAGAACGUCUGAAGGAAAGUAUGGUCUUCGCAGGCCCGCAAACACAGCCAAUAACUGCAACGAAGAAUCUCAAGCUCCGGUCGCACCUCCCAAACGAGGCUUUAAUUUUAUCAGCGUCCAGGUGGACGGCCCAGGGCCGGAUAGCGCUCCAAGAAGAAGCGAUCCGGACAUUUCGAUGGAGCCAGAAGCAGAAGACCACCCACCAAGUGAGAACAUCCAAGAGGACUACAUGGUGCAGGCCACCUUGGUGUCCGAGUCCAACCUGAGGCUUGAAACUGAGCCAGCAGACAUACCACAGGCUGAAAUUGUGGAUCUCGAGGGACUGCAGCCAAAAACAAAGCUGAUAUGUAUUCCGGAAUCCAAUCGUGGGAGAAAAGUCUGCUUGGGAACGCUUCUGUUUCUUGCUACUGCCGUCGUUGUAAUCGUUGCCCUGGUAGUUACCUCACAAGGCGGCUCAAAAAUUCCAGAGGUUCCUAGCCCUACAAUCGGCUCCUCGGCCCUACAACCAACAGAUACUUCAUAUCCCUUCCCUACAAACAGUCCUACAAACCCACAGCCAACUCAAAGUCCUGUUCCUA